GCCUCGGCCUGUCAAAGUGGUGGGAUUACAGGCGUGAGCCACCGCGCCCGGCCGUAGUUAUUGUUUUAUACGAUUUUAAGAUCAUUUAAUUAAAUCCUCUGAACUCCGUUGAGAUUCCAAUAGAAGUGUGUAUUUGUAAUUUUUAAAUUGACCUUAUGUUACCUUUCAUCUAAUAUAUUGUUGCAUCAGUUCAAAUACUGUUUUAAAUCCUUCUAUAAGUCUUCUCUAUUCGUAGCUUUUUGGGUCACUUUUUUUUUUUUUUUUCAAAAAAACAGGAAGUCUCUUUUUACCUGAGGCGUCAACUGGGCCGGUUUUCCGGCGCGCGCCAGCCCCUCCCCUUCUCCCGCCCCAAGGUUCCGCGUUACCAUGGGAACAAAGGUUGACGUCACUUAGGGCUUCCUCGCUGGACCCGAGGGUCGAUGGUGAAGGGAGACGAGUGGAGGCGGUUUUGCUCCAUCUACGCAUGCGCACUUUCUGCUCCAGGAUUCCCCCGCCAUAAAUCUCGUUCCGGCUGGGCCUUUUCCGCCGCGACUUCUCGCUUAAUCCCGGAGAAACUGCCCCCUGGGGGAGGGGAGUAGAAAAAGGCUGGAACCAGCGACAGCCAAUCCCGCGACACUACAACGCAGGCGAGAUUGAUUGACUCCACCACCGCAGCCAAUGAGAGAGCUCGUCACCGCUCCGUCACAGAGUUCGCCCCACCCCAUCCCCUCCUUUCUGGACUCCGAGCUCAGUUCACGCAGUAACAAAUGAAGUGCGCGCUGCGACACCUCCCAGCCCACCGGAUUCCGCCGCCAUUUCCUCGCCUGGCCUAACGGUUCGGCCAAUCCCAGCGCGCAUCAAGAAGGACUGAGGCUCCGCCAAUCGGAGGCCGCCGAUUUCGACCCUUCGCCUCGGCCCGGCCCAAUCCAGGCCCCGGCCCCACCGCCCCCGGCCCGCCCCCGCGGCGCCCUCUCUCCUCCCUCUUUGUGCGUCUCGCGCCGCCGCCGCCCGCCGCGUGAGAGGACGGGCUCCGCGCGCUCCGGCAGCGCAGUCGGGUCCCCUCCCCCCGGGAGGCUUGCGAAGGAGAAGCCGCUGCAGAAGAAAAGCAGGUGCCGGUGCCUGUCCCCGGGGGCGCCAUGGCGACCGGAGCGAACGCCACGCCGUUGGACUUCCCAAGUAAGAAGCGGAAGAGGAGCCGCUGGAACCAAGACACAAUGGAACAGAAGACAGUGAUUCCGGGAAUGCCUACAGUUAUUCCCCCUGGACUUACUCGAGAACAAGAAAGAGCUUAUAUAGUGCAACUGCAGAUAGAAGACCUGACUCGUAAACUGCGCACAGGAGACCUGGGCAUCCCCCCUAACCCUGAGGACAGGUCCCCUUCCCCUGAGCCCAUCUACAAUAGCGAGGGGAAGCGGCUUAACACCCGAGAGUUCCGCACCCGCAAAAAGCUGGAAGAGGAGCGGCACAACCUCAUCACAGAGAUGGUUGCUCUCAAUCCGGAUUUCAAGCCACCUGCAGAUUACAAACCUCCAGCAACACGUGUGAGUGAUAAAGUCAUGAUUCCACAAGAUGAGUACCCAGAAAUCAACUUUGUGGGGCUGCUCAUUGGGCCCAGAGGGAACACCCUGAAGAACAUAGAGAAGGAGUGCAAUGCCAAGAUUAUGAUCCGGGGGAAAGGGUCUGUGAAAGAAGGGAAGGUUGGGCGCAAAGAUGGCCAGAUGUUGCCAGGAGAAGAUGAGCCACUUCAUGCCCUGGUCACUGCCAAUACAAUGGAGAACGUCAAAAAGGCAGUGGAACAGAUAAGAAACAUCCUGAAGCAGGGUAUUGAGACCCCAGAGGACCAGAAUGAUCUACGGAAGAUGCAGCUUCGGGAGUUGGCUCGCUUGAAUGGGACCCUUCGGGAAGACGACAACAGGAUCUUAAGACCCUGGCAGAGCUCAGAGACCCGCAGCAUUACCAACACCACAGUGUGUACCAAGUGUGGAGGGGCUGGCCACAUUGCUUCAGACUGUAAAUUCCAAAGGCCUGGUGAUCCCCAGUCAGCUCAGGAUAAAGCACGGAUGGAUAAAGAAUAUUUGUCCCUCAUGGCUGAACUGGGUGAAGCACCUGUCCCAGCAUCUGUGGGCUCCACCUCUGGGCCUGCCACCACACCCCUGGCCAGCGCACCUCGUCCUGCUGCUCCCGCCAACAACCCACCUCCACCGUCUCUCAUGUCUACCACCCAGAGCCGCCCACCCUGGAUGAAUUCUGGCCCUUCAGAGAGUCGGCCGUACCAUGGCAUGCACGGAGGUGGUCCUGGUGGGCCCGGAGGUGGCCCCCACAGCUUCCCACACCCAUUACCCAGCCUGACAGGUGGGCAUGGUGGACAUCCCAUGCAGCACAACCCCAAUGGACCCCCACCCCCUUGGAUGCAGCCACCACCACCACCGAUGAACCAGGGCCCCCACCCUCCUGGGCACCAUGGCCCUCCUCCAAUGGAUCAGUACCUGGGAAGUACGCCUGUGGGCUCUGGGGUCUAUCGCCUGCAUCAAGGAAAAGGUAUGAUGCCGCCACCACCUAUGGGCAUGAUGCCGCCGCCGCCGCCGCCUCCCAGUGGGCAGCCCCCACCCCCUCCCUCUGGUCCUCUUCCUCCAUGGCAACAACAGCAGCAGCAGCCUCCGCCACCCCCUCCGCCCAGCAGCAGUAUGGCUUCCAGUACCCCCUUGCCAUGGCAGCAAAAUACGACGACUACCACCACGAGCGCUGGCACAGGGUCCAUCCCGCCAUGGCAACAGCAGCAGGCGGCUGCCGCAGCUUCUCCAGGAGCCCCUCAGAUGCAAGGCAACCCCACUAUGGUGCCCCUGCCCCCCGGGGUCCAGCCGCCUCUGCCGCCUGGGGCCCCUCCCCCUCCGCCGCCUCCACCGCCUGGUUCCGCCGGCAUGAUGUAUGCCCCGCCCCCUCCUCCUCCGCCUCCCAUGGACCCUUCUAACUUUGUCACCAUGAUGGGCAUGGGGGUGGCGGGCAUGCCGCCCUUCGGGAUGCCUCCAGCUCCCCCACCGCCUCCACCACAGAACUAGACUUGUUUUUUAAGAAAAUAUAUAUUAUAUAUAGAGAGAAUUGGUCUCGUUUAAACACGCCGAACCUCACCAUAUGGAGCCAGACAUUGGGACGCACGCAUGUGAUUGUGUGUGCACGCAUGUGUGUGUGUGCACGCACUGGGCUGGGCCAAGCGACUGAGGAUUCGCUUGGGAACGGGCAGGUGGUAGUAGGGGCGCCAGCUUGGGCUCUCCUGGCGCCCCGUAGCAUCGAGUGUCUUCUUUGUCUUCUUUCUCUCCUCACCCACCUCCCUUUGCCUCUCCCCAAACCGGGCCGCCAGGAUCCCUCCCCGCGGCGGCGAUGGCCCGAGCCAUGAGAGUGAGGACUUUCCGCGCCCAUUGGUGACCCUUCCAGGCAGACAGCCUCAGCAACGCCCCUGGUGGACAGGAUGGUUCGGCAAAGCAGCUUGAGUUAUUUUUGUGGACGGAAUCGGAACACGCUGGCUCCAUAUCGUGAAAUUUUUAUUAAUUUUUUUCUUUUUCCUUUGUUAUUUCCUUAUCUCUUCCUUUCUUCAGACUCCGUCCAAGGAGAUGCUCUCCCCGGUCUUCUGCUGCAAUUAGAUUCCUUUCCCUUCUCUCCAGUUCUCCUUCCCUUACCAAGGAGAGGGGAGCAAAUGGUUUUGGGCAAGGGCUUUGGCCAUUCAUGUAAAGCUGGUUGUGGGUUUUUCAAGGUGCCAUAGCAACCCCCAAAGAUGUUUGUUUAAAGCGUGGGUUUUUUAAAUCUCUGCCACCCUUGUCAAGGGAGUCUUGUAAAGUUGCCAAGGGUAGGUUCAUCUCCGGGUUCCGGGAUUCCCAUCCGUCCUGGCGCUCCUGCCAGCAGUGGGUGGGCAGCCUGAGCUCCCUCUGGCUCACCUGCCAGCCUGGAGUUCUUCCUGUGCUCCUUGAUCACCUGAGCUGCCUCAGAUUCCAUUUGGUCCUCUCCUUCCUGGAAGGCUUCCUUUUAUGUUUUAUUUUAAUCCCAAAUGUCUGAAUGUUUUGCAGAGUCUAGGGGUUUGAGCCCCUUGUUCAUUCUGUCUCCUUUUUCUCCCACUUCCCUCUCCAUGGAGUGAUUAUGUUGACAAUAAUGUAUACUGCGCGUUCUCUUCACUGGUUUAUCUGCAGAAAUUUCUCUGGGCUUUUUUCAGUGUUAGAUUCAACACUGCACUAAAGCGGGGAUGUUCCAUUGAAUAAAAGAGCAGUGUGGUUUUCUGGG